AUCCUAACAUACCAGAGGAGGGACCUUCAGCGCCCCCUGCUGGCUGGCUGGAUGACGUACAUGGAUACCAGGGCCACAAAGGAGGAGAGGGCGACAACCCGUUGUAUCCACCCCCCUGCCUACACCCCCCAGCCUGAACUCAACAGGAACACUCUGGUGCCCGACGUCAGGGUCCCCACAGUAUCAGAGGAUGUGGCUCGAGAUGCCUUGCUCAAGUUUGUGGAAUCAAAAUGGAGGUACAGCUCCAAACCUGCCAGGAACCUCAUCUUCAAAGAGCUGAAGCCCGUCACAGUGUACAGGUAUCGCCUGGAGACCUACACUGAGACCAGGACCAGCGCCUGGCAGUUUGAACCCUACAAUGGUCAGGUGGUCGAUGGUCCUCAGUUCGGUAUGAGUCCUCCUCCCUGGGACAUUCCUGUGUCGCUGCCUCAGAGGUACACCGACCGGGUGGAGAAGGUCCGCGUGCCUCACUCAUCCUUCGUGAAGGUGUGUCACAAGUGCAACGGCUGUGGAAGAACCCGCUGUGUUCCCUGCCAUGGAAGAGGACGGAAGCGUUGUUUGAGCUGCCAUGGCUCAGGGUACAGAAGGAGGCCCGGCAAUCACAAACGGUCCUCCGGGAAGACGCGUUGUUAUUCUUGUGGCGGGAGAGGUCGUAAGAGGUGUACGUUCUGUCGAGGCCACGGCUACAAGACCUGCUCGGUUUGUCACGGCAGCCAAAACCUGCUGCAUUUCAUCCAGCUCACCGUGACAUGGAAAAACGACAUAUCUGAUUUCAUUCCAGACCGACAGCCCGACUUCCCCGACAAGAAGUUUGAGAAGGUGACAGGAGAUCCUUUCUUCAUCGAUGAGAGUGUUCUGGUCUACCCCAUCCAGGGCUUCCCCGAUCAGGAGAUCUGCGAUGUUUCUACAAAACUGAUUAACGAACACCUCAAUCGCUUUAGUUCCACCAGCCGCAUCCUGCAGCAGCGUCAGACCAUCGAGCUGGUUCCUCUGACUCACGCUCUCUACACCUACAGCGGGAAAGACUACAGCUUCUUCGUCUUCGGAGUGGAGAACAAAGUCUUUGCCUCCAAAUAUCCCUCAGCCUGCUCUAUUUUAUAGGAAACACACAUGUCUAAUCAUACAGUACAUGUUCAUGUGUAGUGUCAUAUACAGGUGAGUCGUCCAUUUAAUGUAUUCACCAAAUAAUUAAUCUGUUAAUGCCAAAUAUCAGCAUGGAGUCUAAAUACAGUGUGUGAUGAUACGGUGCUGUAAACGACCAAAGAAAGCCUUAAGCAGCUGAAACAUUUAUAUAUUUCACACGAUGUUCUUCAGGAAUCGGUCACAGUUUACUGCCAGUAUGUUUCCUGAGAUAAGAUAAAAACUGAUUUCUGUUCCAGUAAUCAGUCAUAAAGCAUUUCAUACCGAGUUUUUAUUAUAAAUGAGUGGAUAUAUUUAGUUACAGAUUUCUUUUUUAGUGGAGUCGUUCUUUGUUUGUUUGAGUCAAAUGUUUCUACUUCUUUCUGCUCAGGUCUUUAGAUAUAAACAGAUCCAUCCAGAUGUUUGUAGCUCAGUUUGUAAAUGCAGCAAAUAAUCAUUCAUCUUUUAUAAACCACACGGUGUUUGUAUGUCUUACUGUCUCAGCGGUUCUUUAGAGGUUUUACCACUUUGGAUUUUAUAUGUAAAAUAAUGUUUUUGUAUUAAAACAAGUAUAUGUGAGAGUCAGGAAUGUGUUUAUGGAGGAGGAGUACGAUUCAAGCCUCUUCAUCAUAUUGUCUGUGUGUUUCUCCACUUUUAAAGAGUCUGUUAUUAUUUUAUAUAACAUAAUGAAACCUGACAAAUGUAUUCAAUAAACAUGUCACAAAU